CCGCUGAAGUUCGCCUACGUCGGAUGUGCGCGCAGCGCUGCCUGCCUCCUGCCUGGGUGUAGCGAUGGAAGUCGGAAAGUUUGAGGACUCCGGGAGCCUGCGAGAAACUGAGGACUAGGACUCGUCUGUCCUCAUCUCCGAUCCUGUUCACGCGAGGUAGGGCAUCAUGGCGACCAACACGGAUAAGAAGUGGCCCCAGGAUGACUGUCAGUGCUGUCUUACUGAAGAUCAGCUCGACUCUAUUAGAAACAACAAUGAUGUGCGGGCCUUUUUUGUGAUGCAUUUCCUAAACGACCUUAAGGAAAAGGGCGUGUCGCCGAUGCUUCACAAUACGCCCAUCGUCUGCAGGGUGGAGAACACCGAGAGAUACACCACUCGCUCCAAGGUGCGUGUCUGCUCUCUGUACACGGUGCGUCUGACCCACGGGGAAUUCACCUGGACCAUCAAGAGGAAGUAUAAGCAUUUCCAUGACCUGCACAGAGACCUGUACAAGCACAAGAUGAUGCUGCAGUUCCUCCCGCUCGGGAGGUUUGCCAUUCAGAGGCAGCAGCUGGAGAGCAUGACUGAGGAGAUGCCCUCUCUGCACGGCACCGAGAGAAUGGGCAGGACAUCCAGCAAACCGAAAUACCUGGAAGAGUACCUAAACAGCCUUCUGGAGAACCCUUUCUGCAAGAAUUACAGUGGCAUGCUGGAGUUCCUCAGCAUCAGCCCUCUUUCCUUUAUCAAAGAUCUGGGACCCAAAGGCUUGGAAGGCUAUAUCCUGAAGAGGUCAGGAGGUCACCGGAUCCACGGCGUCAACUGCUUCGGGCAUCACCAGUUCUGUUUCCGCUGGUCGCAGCGCUGGCUCGUGGUCAAGGACUCGUUUCUGCUCUACAUGUCCAGGGAUCCGGGCCUGGUGUCCUUCGUGCUGCUCUUCGACCCCAAGCUGAACGUCCUGGCCGACCGCCGCGCCACGCAAACCAAACACGGGGUGUGCAUCGAGAACGUCAGCAGGAAGUUGGUGAUCAAGUGCAACAGCUACAGGCAGACCCAGUGGUGGACUCAUGAGAUACGACGUCUGUCUGAACGUUGCGAUUUUCUCCAGACUCACCGCUUCAGCGGCUUCGCCCCGCCCAGACCCGAGUCCCUCACUAAAUGGUACGUGAACGGGUGUGGAUAUUUCUCAGACGUUGCCGAUGCCAUGGAGAAGGCGAAGGAGGAGAUCUUCAUCACUGAUUGGUGGUUAAGUCCUGAAGUUCACCUCAAGCGUCCUGCCAGAGGGACGUACUGGCGUCUGGACCAGAUCCUCAAGCGCAAAGCGGAACAAGGAGUGAAGGUGUGUGUGAUGUUGUAUAAAGAGUUAGAGCUGGCUCUGGGCAUCAACAGCGAGUACAGUAAGAGGACCCUGAUGGACCUGCACCCGAAUAUCAAGGUGAUGCGUCAUCCCGAUGUGGCCUCCGUCGUCUUCCUUUGGGCCCACCAUGAAAAGAUGGUGGCCAUCGACCAAUCGGUGGCCUUCGUAGGCGGACUGGACCUCGCCUUCGGGAGGUGGGACGACAGCAACUACAGGUUGUUUGACAUGGUGGAAUCGCAGACAGCCAAUCACAACGAGCGCCCGGUUCCUGAGACUGAAGGGGAGGAUGCAGUUAAUGUUCCUCUCACUGGUAGAGUGGUUCCAGAAGGUCGUGACGAGGUGGACCUCAGCUGUAACACACUGUUCUGGUUGGGGAAAGACUACAGCAACUUCAUCAAGAAGGACUGGACGCAGCUGGACCAGCCGUUCCAAGAUAACGUGGACCGGGCGCAUGUGCCCCGUAUCCCGUGGCGCGACCUCGGAGCCGUGGUUCAUGGGAAAGCAGCCAGGGAUCUGGCACGGCACUUCAUCCAGCGCUGGAACUUCACCAAGAACUUUAAGAAAAAGUAUAAAGCCCAGUUUUACCCAUACCUGCUGCCCAAGAGUCACACUACUGCCACUGAGCUUCCCUUCAUCGUGCCUGGAGCAGCCAAAGCAUCUGUACAGGUGCUCCGCUCGGUGGAUCCCUGGUCGGCCGAGAUAAGCGAAUGUUCCAUCCAAAACGCUUACAUACACACCAUCGAGAGCAGCCAGCACUACAUUUACAUAGAGAAUCAGUUCUUCAUUAGCUGUGCUGACACUGUGCAAAACACCAUAGGAGACACUAUUGUCAAGAGGAUCCUGCGUGCACACAGUGAGAAACAGAAGUACAGAGUGUUUGUGGUGAUUCCUCUUCUGCCUGGAUUUGAGGGAGACAUCAGUGAGGGAGGAGGCAACGCCAUCCAGGCCAUACUACACUUUACCUACAGGACAAUCAAUCGCGGAAAAAACUCUAUCCUGUCCCGGCUCAAGGAACACAUGCAGGACGAAUGGACGCAGUACAUCUCCGUGUGCGGCCUGCGCACCAACGCCAAGCUCGGCCACACGCCCGUCACCGAGCUCAUCUACGUCCACAGCAAGGCGCUGAUCGCCGACGACCGCCGCUACAUCAUCGGUUCAGCCAACAUUAACGACAGGAGCAUGAUGGGAGCGCGGGACAGCGAGCUGGCGGUGCUGGUGGAGGACGAGGAGCGGGUUCCGUCCCGAAUGAACGGCGAGGACUAUGAAGCCGGGCCUCUGGCGCUCGCCCUGCGCAAGGAAUGCUUUAGGGUUCUGCUGGGGGCCGAUUCGGACCCCUCGAUAGACAUCGACGAUCCGGUCAGCGAUCACUUCUUCUCCGAGGUGUGGAACAAGAUCGCCCGAUCGAAUGCUUCCAUCUACGAAACGGUUUUCCGGUGCCUUCCGUACGAUUCGAUCCGUAACCUGCGCGAGCUGCAGACGCACGUGGGCACGGCCGCGCUGGCGCAGACCGACCCGGAGAAGGCCGGCGAGGAGCUGCGCGCCAUCCGCGGAAUCCUGGUCCACUUCCCGCUGCACUUCCUGUGCGAGGAGAACCUGCUUCCUCCCGCCGGCAGCAAAGAGAGGAUGGUUCCUCUGGACGUGUGGACCUAACGCCGACUCAAAACAAACAAACGGACGCUAAUCUGGACUGGCCUGUAGUGAAGCAGAGCGUUUCCUGUCUGCGGUAACGCCGCGGAAAGUGAUUAGCUGAACUGAAUUGAAGUGUAGUGACUCAUGUCUCUCCGCGGGAGCGAGAGGAAGUGCGCGCUCUCCCGCAGAGGAUUUCGUUCAAAAUGGCUCGCUGGAAGCUGGAGACAGCCGGGCUGCUGUAGAUGUGUAAAAUGGCGGUGUGUGUGAGUGUGUGUGUGAGAGAGAGAGAGAGAGAAAGAGAGAGAUGAGUGUUUAUGGACGAAGUGAUCAGAACAGAGCGUACAUUUUGUGUUGCUGCGCCGUGUAGGCGGACUGCACCACUUUCUCAACCUCUUUUCCCAUAUCUCUAUUCUCUCUCUCUCUCUCUCUCUCUCUCUUUCUCUGAAGUGCUACACCUCUCAGUGCGAUGCCGGCGAAUCUGCACGACGGUUGUUAUGGUGACAGGUAAAAAAGAGCUGACUGCGAGGAAGAGAGAGAGAGGAAAUGAUAGAGGAAGUGUGGAUGAAUACUGUAACAGAGGGGGGAUGCAGCAAGGAGGGAAUAGGUUUUAAAUGGUUUUAAAAUGGUGAUUGAGAGGAGAGAGAGAGAGGGAGAGAUGGAGGGAUUGUUUAAAGGGUGCGCAGGGGAAGUGAAGAUGUGUCUAAGCCCUGCAAUAAUAUCCCUCCCCCCCUUUGGGAGUUAUGGUUAUGUAAUACAGUCGUUUUCAAACUUCAUGAUUGUUCGGAGGAACUAAACAGGAAAAAAAAAAAAAAGAGAGAGAGGAGCGCCAAGAGAAAGAAGUGCAUGUGCAGUAGCUCGUUCAAACCUCUUAUCGAAAUCCCGUAAUGGACUUUCUCCCCAUGUUAGAUAGGACCAUCCGUCAUCAUCGUCUCCGAACGUACUGUAACGUCUAACCGUCCGCGGAAAAGAGAUGACAAAAGGGUUUCCUGAAACUCUAGAAAGCCUUUUUCUUGAUAAUGAUACUCACACACACACACACACACACACACACACACUACAGAUGAGGUGUGUCGUUCAUAAAUACCAAGAUAUCGAUUUAAACACUUGAAGAAGAAGUACUACUGUACUAAACUGUAUUUGUAUCAAAUAGUGUAUCGCAGUAAACAAUGAAAGCGGAUAAUACUAACAGGUAAACAUCUAACUGAGAGGCGUUCAAGUCAAGCCGGGACUUUAAAUUGUGCGGAACACAGAUAUGACAGUAGGAUAUAAACCCCUGCUAUACUAAUGCACUUAUCCCAACGUUUCAACCAUCAAGGUAGAAAGUUUUUCUCUGAUCGAAAACGCCGGCCUCCCAGGAACUCCGCCUUCAAUGCACCAAUCGUGUUAAAGUGUGUGUACAGUUCCCAUGUCUCUCCUGCAAGUUAGCGCCAAGUUAUCCCUCAAUUUAUUAUUUUUUUUCAAGGAUCAGGCAUUCUCAACCCCUCAAACACACUGGGUCCGGGUUAGAUUCCCAGCCAGGGUCUAUUCCCAUCUCUGUGUGCGUGGAGUUUGCAUGUUCUCCCCGUGCUAGGUGGGUUUCCUCUGGGUACUCUGGUUUCCUCCCGCAGUCCAAUGAUAUGCAGGCUAGGCUAAUUGGCGUUAUCAAAAUUGCCCGUAGUGUGUGAAUGGGUGUGUGAGUGAGUGCAUGUGUGUCCUGUGUGUCCAUGGAUUGGCACCCAGCCCAGGGUGUACCCCUCCUGGUGUCCUAAGUCUCCUGGGAUAAGUCUCCAGGAAGCCCCCUCCCCCCACGACCCUGAAUACAGGAUAAAGCAGUAUAGACGGUGAGCGAGUGAGUUAGUGUAUAUCCCGGUUUGACUUGAACGGCCCUUGUUGUUUUGGUUUUACACAUUUUAACCGUCUUGCGGUACUUGAAGUCUUUCGAUAGCUCCUGAUUGUCAGUCGUCAUAUAUAUAUUGGGAACCGUUUAGACAGGUUAAAGUUUAAAGGUUUAAAAGAUAACGUUCGCAUGAACCAGUAAACUCGGGUGAUGUAGCUGAGUUUGCUUAUAUACUAAACUGUGUGUCGACCACACAUCUGGAAAACCAGCGGCACCAUGAUGAACAGCCCUCUGGUGGAAUAUGCACACUACUGUACCCGAAAAAUAACACACCAAGACGGACGCGUAUGCAAAUAUUUCUGACAUUCCAGUUCUUCAUCCCUUUCUCUAACAGAGGUUUCGGUUCAUGCAGACUUCCUCUGCUACAUUCCAGACGAUGUUUAUUUUGUAUCACUGAUCAUCAGUUUCGUCUGUCACUUUUAAACGUAGCUGGUUAGUGCAAUACCUGUAAACUCGACCUAAAGAUCACUAUCUCAUUUUUUCUUUUUUAAUGAACUUUAACUGUGGUAUAUUUUUGUAUACAGUGUUUUUUCUUUUUCCUAAAUGGUAGACACUUUAGCAAAACUCUAUUCAGAUUCUAAUAAAGGGUUCUCACUAAUACUUUGCACUUCACUAAUACAUAAUACAGUACUGAUGUUCUGUUUGUAUGUGCUGAUAUAUAAAUUUAAAUAUAUAUAUUUUUGUGGCUUGCAAUCUUACUAUCUAACUGAGCGACAGACCAGCUGCUGCGAGCCCAGCAAAAUGUCCAAAAUAAACUAGAAAUUUUCCUAAA